AUGCCGCAGAUUGGCACGAUGCAACUUCAGUGUGCACUCCCGAAGGCUACCAUGAGCACUACGCAGACUCUGGUGCUCCUCGCCCUUGUGGCGACGGUGGCUCUGGCCACCGAGACCAAGAAGUCCGACAGCAAAGAAGCCACCCCCUCAAAGGACGCCAAGAGCAAGCGCGGCCUGGAACUGAGUCUGGGUCACGGUGGUUUCGGUGGCUUCGAUGGACACGAUCUUGGCGGCGGCUUGGGCGGCGGAUUUGGCGGCGGUCUUGGAGGAGGUUUUGGCGGAGGUGGCGGUGGCGGCGGCGGCGGCGGCGACGGCGGACGUAUUUCCGGCAUCACGAUCCACCGUGAGGUCUCGGUUCCAGUCCCGGUGCCCUACACCGUCGAGAAGAACGUGCCGGUACCGGUGCCGGUCCACGUAAAGGUGCCGGUAGACAACCCGAUUCCGUACCACGUACCAAAGCCUUACCCGGUCCCAGUGGAGAAGACUGUACACGUCCCCGUGGAGAAACCGGUCCCAGUACCCGUCAAGGUGCCCGUUAAGGUGCCCGUCAAGGUGCCCGUUCCCGUUACAGUACCUGUUAAAGUACCAUACCCCGUGCACAAGGAGGUGCCCUACCCGGUCAAGGUGCCUGUCAUCGUUAAGGAGUCCUACCCGGUCUUUGUGCACAAACACGACGGCGGCGGCGGUGGCCUCGGCGAUGGCGGUUUCGGUGGCGGAUUCGGUGGUGACCAUGACAUCAGCUUCGAUCUGCAUUGACAACAGCCUGACGUCGAUCGAUAUUAACGAUACUUUUGUAUAUAAUGAUUACGUUUCUUUUUUUUACACGUGAUGUCUUACCAAAAUAAACAUUAAAUUAUUAA